GAACAACAAUCUAACAGAGCAGUGAAGAUGGUGGCUAGCAGUAGAUCAGCAGCUGCACUAAUCGUUGUUUGCCUGUUGCUGGGGAUGUUCGCGAUGCAAUCCGCGGCCUCGUACGAGGAAUGCUAUGCACUUUGCCUGAUCGAUUGUGCGCAGUCAGGCGCUUGGCUGAUGAUGUGUUACCCUAAGUGUGCGGUGAAAUGCAUCGGCAAAGCAGCCAGCACCAUAGCUUCUUCAGGUGACAGUAAGCUGCAGCAACGACAACAGUAUCCUACAAAUGGGUUGCCGAGAAAGAUCAAUAUUGACGAUGAAAAAGAAGACUAGUGACACACACAUUUAGUGAUAUCCAAAGAAGCAGCAGCAGGGCUUGCUUUGGCCUUAUCAGCAGCUUUAUUAGUUUUAGUCGUCCGUGUUAAUCAAUUCAUUUCUAGAUUAUGAAAUAAUACUUCGUCGAAAUGACAGAAUUACUUUGGAAAUUAGCAUAAUUCUUUUUAGUUAUUGUUCCCACAAGUAACCGUCUUCCCAGUUUUAGCUCACCUAAAUAGCUCCUUCAGCUUUCUUCUUAAAGAAAUGCUAUGGUUACCU